AUGGCUAUAUCCCGAAUUGAUAAUGAAGAUGCAUUUCAAAUAUAUAAAUUUUACAAUUAUAUGACCUUAAUAAAUAACACAGACCUUGAUUCAGAUGAUGGAUCUGAAGUAACUUCGCCACUUAAGGCAGAAAAUGAAGAUAUUCCUAUAAUAAAACCAAUUGUACAUCUUCUUGGAAAGACUUUGGGGGUAUGCAGAAUUAACAGAAAGUGGAUAUACUUUACAAAUACAACAAAAAUAGAAUCAGAUAACAGUAUUGAAGUUCCAUGGAAAUCAAAAUCUGAUUCACAUAAUGAAGGAUCUUCAAAAUCUGUUAUAGAACAAAGAAUAUCUCUCAUACAACAGAAUUCAACAACACAACCAUCAUCAUCAAUAACACCAACCAAAAAUAAACGUAAAACAAAUAUGACUAAAAUAGCAGAUAUUUCAAGAUCUUUGCUAUUGCAAAAUCAACAAAGUGAUGAAAUUCAUGAUAGUGAAAUUUCUAUUACAAAUGAAGAAAAUGAAGAAAGAAUUAAUGAAAAUAUUGAAGAAAAUGAAGAAAGAAAUGAAAAUAUUGAAGAAAAUGAAGAGAGAAACGAAAAUAUUAAAAAAAAAAAUAAUACCCAAAAAUUUCAAAUUCAACAAGAGAUGUCUCACAACAAAUUUAGAAUCUAUAGGUUUCAACCUUAUGAACCACAAGAAUCUUCAGCUACUACACAUAUUCAAAUAACUAAUUCUCAAUAUACAAAUAAUUCUCACUCAAUUUUAAAUACAACCUCAGCAUCAUAUUCACAUUUAUCACAAACUAAUACUCAAAACUUAACUACUCUUACAUUCUCUCCUUGGAGACCUUCUCAACGCUUGCCAAAAUGGAUUCCAUAUGUUGAAAAUUAUGCAUAUCCACUUGAAAUAAACUUUCAAAACAUUAAUAUUUAUAUAAGAGGUGAAGGUUCAACACGUACUGUAUGUGUAUGUGAUAGUUGCAAAAAUAAUAGAAAACGAUAUCCAUGUUCACAACUUUAUCCUAUACCCGAUGUAAUUGAAGCAAUACCAAUUGCACAAAGGAGAUUCUUGUCACCAAUAUUUUUACAUUGCUCUUUGGGUAGAAAUUUGGAUGCAAAUAGUUAUACUGAAUAUCGUGCUUUAACAGGAGAUAUGGAAUUCUCAAAAAAUAUGUGUGCAUUAAAGUUAUAUUCUGGUAUAUUAGGAGCAUUUUUGACUAAUCCUGGCAAUCACAAUCAUAGUGAAAAUUUAUCAUGGCUUACUCCACAAUUGUAUAAUAACAAAUAUUUAAGACCAUAUUCUAGGUUAUUAUCUGCAUCAUCUCUUAUUACAGAAACUUCUUAUUUAGAUCUAUUUCCUACAGCAUCUCAUAUACCCUCUGAUACAAAUGCUCCACCAUUUCAGAAAGGUGAUGUUGUUUUAUCAUCUACAGAGGACCCCGGAUAUCUCCAAAACAGGUCAUAA